AUGAAUUAUGAGAAUCUGAAUAUCUGGUGCAGUGGGCCUCGAGAGUGCUUAUUUCCAAGUCGGCUCGAAGUUGACAUCGGUAUCAUGAACCCCUUAAACAAGAUCAUCUUUCUUUCGGCAUUCCUUGCGUCGGGAUUCUUGUUGAUCUUGCUUUCCUGUGCAUUAUAUAACAAUUGGAAACCAUUAUGGGUCAUUGUCAUCUUUUUAGUGGCGCCUCUUCCCAAUAUCAUAGCAUCAUCAAUUGAGAAUAAUCGAGACGACUUUUUGACAUUUAGUAACGAUCAUGGCAAUAAUCCUACUCCUGUUGAAGAGGCUGCCAAGUAUAUCACCGGAUUUUUGAUAAUUAGUGGUAUAGCAUUACCGCUCACAUUAUAUCAUACCCAUAUAAUCGAAGUGGGAUCUACAAUCAUGAGUAUAAUCGGAGGACUAAUAGUUUAUGGAGAUAUCAUUUUGUUCAUCUGGUUUUUCAGUGAUGAAGAGGAGGAAAAUGACGACUUUAAUUUCUAG